CAGAGCGUGAAGGGAAAGGGGCGGGACGCGGAGGGAGUCACGAGGGCGGUGGAUGAACCGGGACCCUGGGACGGGAAGAUCUUCGCACCUUGCACACCUGCAGGUCCAGUCAGCAGCCCAAGGGUGCGCCCUAAACCAAAAAAUCCGUUACCAUCAGGUCGAUUCUGAUAGCGACCCUAAAGAACAGAGUUGAACUGCCCCAUAGAGUUUCCAAAGCUGUAAUCUAUAUGCAAGCAGACUGCAUCAUUCUCCCGUGGAACAGCUCUAACAGACUUUUAUUAGCAAGGGAGCACUUAACCACUGCGCCACCAGGGCUCCUUGGGUAUGCCCUAGAGUGGUCGUUCUAAGUCCAAACCGCUACAGAGGGAGGAGGCAAGCUGGAGGGCCUGGGCUAUCGUUAAGGAGGUUGAGGGUUGGGUGAGGAGGGUAAACCCUGACAGGCAAGUGCGGCUUCACAGCCACACACAACUCAAAAUGUUGCAAACAGAUGAGGAAAUAGCCUAAAAGAAUUGAAUCAAAACAAGAAAAGUUACCAGAUCCUAAAGACACUAGUGCAAAGCUGGCCUCUGGAGAAAGGGUCCUGCUACCACAAACCAAAUCUGCAUGGAGGAAAGCCCCGUGUCUUGAGCAGCUGCUGGGACAGGGAUGACAGCUGAAUGGCUCUGGAAACAGUGCUCCUAGUGCAGGUCUCACACCUGUCAUCAGUAACAAGGUGAAUGUGGAAGGGCAGCUGCAGAUGGGGGUGUCCUCAGCAAGACCACCAGCCAUGUGUGAAAGGCCUGCCAGAGGGUGUCAGUGCUGGGGAAGAAGGGUUGCUGAGAAAGGGGGAAGGGCCAAGGUUGGUGGGGACCUGGCACACCCCAGCCCAGCAGACUUCCACCCCACUGCCCAGAAGCAGCCCUCCCAUGCCCCUUACACAGUUGGGGGCAGCUGAGAGAGGGGUGCCCAUUCAACCUGGGUGGGUAAGGCCACAGUCGAACACCACGUGAGGCCUGGAGCAUGCGGUGGACAAAGGACCUAUCCCAGCAGAGGGGCCCCACUGCCCAAGGAAACAAUGUCCCCUGCCCAGUGCUGCCCUUGUUGUUUGUACCUUCAAAGUACAUACCCAGGAGCAGCUGCUGGCACCCAGAGCAGGAUCCAGUCCCAGCCUUCUGACCCGGCCUGCUCUAGGAGCCCAGCCAGGGAAAUGGGCUGGGCAGGGCCUGCAAGGGGCCUGAAAAGCCAGGAGCAGAAGUUCCCAUCAGUUGUCCCCCACAGAGCCACUGCCAGAGAAGCAGGCCCACAGAGCUUCAGACGAGGAACAAGCAGCACAGGAAGGUGGAAAGUCCAGCCACAAAAUUCAGGGAGAGAGCAAUCCUGGCUUCUUCCUACAGCAGCAGCUACUGCUGGGCCUCCUGAUUCACCUCCACACUCUAUACCCUGCUGGGAGGCUGCCUGUGUGGGCCGGCCACGUGGGAUCCCCAGCAGGAAGGUGGAGGCAAAAGAGGUCAAGGAACUGCUCCCCCUUUGUCCCCCCCUUUCUUCCUCUGGGGACACUGCAGGCUGGCUUUUUCCCUCCCUCUACUGAAGAUCACUGCCUCUUUCCAGGUAGCCCAGGUUCCAGUGAUCAUUCCCUCCCUCCUUCCAUGUGGGCCAGGGGUCAUUACUAGCCUCAGGGUACUGCACUCUGCCCCCACCUUUGUAAAUAGUCCCAUUAUUAAGCCUCCUCAGAUGAUCUUAAUCUGAAUAUGUCUUCAAUUUCCUGCUGGGACCAUGACUGAUACAGCCCUGGGAUUCCUGGAAUGCCCCAAUUUGCAAUCAUCAGCCCCAUCGGUUCACAAGCAGUCCUGGCUCUGGGCCAGGGAAGCAUGGGCACACCCAUGAAUCCCCAUAGCCCCUACCUCCAAUCCCAGGCUGGCAUGAGACCACUCUCUGCAGGCUUUUGGUCCACUCCAGCACACUGCCCGGCCUUCUAGGGUUCCAAGGCCAAGCAGCACAGGCCAGAGCCUCAUUCCCCCAGGGCACUCCUCCUUUGUGACUUCACCCACUGAAGUCACCUGGGAGACAAUGCUGAAAGUUCCAACCCAGUCUUGGCCUCUAGGAGGCAGAGACAGGGCUGGGCCAGCCCAGAGGACUCUCUGUCCACAGUGUAAAUGAGGAUACUGCUGGCCCAUGUCCCGCAGGGAUGUAGAGGGCAGCCCCAGAGGCACUGGGCGCUCCCGGCACCAUGGAUGACGCCGCCGUCCUCAAACGACGAGGCUAUAUCAUGGGGAUAAAUUUGGGAGAGGGCUCAUAUGCAAAAGUCAAGUCUGCUUUCUCCGAGCGCCUGAAGUUCAAUGUGGCGGUCAAGAUCAUCGACCGCAAGAAAGCCCCCACAGACUUCUUGGAGAAAUUCCUUCCCCGGGAAAUUGAGAUUCUGGCCAUGCUAAACCACCGCUCCAUUGUCAAGACCUACGAGAUCUUCGAGACUUCUGAUGGCAAGGUCUACAUCAUCAUGGAGCUCGGGGUCCAGGGCGACCUCCUUGAGUUCAUCAAAACCCGGGGAGCCCUGCACGAGGAUGAUGCACGCAAGAAGUUCCGCCAGCUCUCCUCAGCCAUCAAAUACUGCCAUGACCUGGAUGUUGUCCACCGAGACCUCAAGUGCGAGAACCUUCUCCUAGACAAGGACUUCAACAUCAAGCUGUCUGACUUUGGCUUCUCCAAACGCUGCCUGAGGGACGACAGUGGCCGACUCACGUUGAGCAAGACCUUCUGUGGGUCCGCGGCAUAUGCAGCCCCCGAGGUGCUACAGGGCAUCCCCUACCAGCCCAAGGUGUAUGACAUCUGGAGCCUGGGCGUGAUCCUCUACAUCAUGGUCUGCGGCUCCAUGCCCUACGAUGACUCCAACAUUAAGAAGAUGCUGCGCAUCCAGAAGGAGCACCGUGUCAACUUCCCCCGCUCCAAGCACCUGACAGGUGAGUGCAAGGACCUCAUCUACCGAAUGCUUCAGCCGGACGUCAACCGGAGGCUGCACAUCGACGAGAUCCUCAGCCAUUGCUGGGUGCAGCCCAAGGCACGGGGCCUGUCCUCCGCGGCCAUCAAUAAGGAGGGGGAGAGUUCCCGGAGCACCGAGUCCCCAUGGACCCCUGAUCCCAUUUCUGACAAAAAGUCUCCCACCAAGCUGGAGCCACGGGAAGAGGCUGGGCCCAAGACAAGUCCUGAGGAAGAGUCAGUGGAAGUGUCAAGGCAGUCGGAGACCCUGGGCUUCAAUGGUGAGCGUGUGGCCAGUGAGCCUGAGGAGGGGGCUCCCCAGCCCCCACAGCAGCCUUCAGAGACGCACAGCCAGUAAGCCUCUCGGCCCAGGGCGCCAGCAGGGAAAGAAGCAGAGCUCACGGCGUCCAGUCCGAGCUCAGAAGAAACCAAGGGACAAGCCAGAAAAUGAGCACAGUCCCUGAUGAGCCACUAUUUUCAUUAGCUUUUCCUCCCUUCGUCUGCAUUCCAUAACCCACAUGGCUAAAGAAGCAAUAAAUUACAGACUAUAUUAGUGCUGAUCCGUAGGUGAAUGUCUUUACUCAGCUAAAUGCGGUCGCCCAGGGAGAGGAGCCUGGGCUGUCCCUGGCUUCCUACUCUAGGUUCGGGAAAAUACAUGCCAAUGUGUCCAGCCCAGACUGUGAUCUCAGGCCCAGGCUGCACAAGUCAGGUGGGGGCGGGAGGUCUGGAGGAGCAACUCCCAGAGCAGAGAGCUGAGAAGAAGAUGAUGCUUCCAGAGAGAGGCCCCGAGUGAAGAGUGUAGUACUGGGCAGGAGGGGACUGGAUGGUGGAUCCCCAGGAAGUGGCUUCCUAUGCCAGGGACCUCUCAAGUUGAGAGUGCUGGCUCUGCUUGCAGUUGUGGCUAACGGUCUGGGCAGCCCCACAAGGCUGCCAAUGGGGGAGGAGACAUUGCUGAGGGUAGCUGCUCCAGCCCCUCGGCCCCUUUUUAGUCCUCCAACCUGCCAGGCAGCUCAUGUUUUCUGAUCUGUCACCAUGCCAUCCCACCAGCCCAGAAGGAGGGAUGCUGCUCCGAGAUGUGUCCCUCAGUCACUAUGUGGCCCUGACUACACCUCAUUCCCCUCCAGGCCCCAAUCUGUCCACAGGGGUGAUGCCUCCCUGCCAGAGGUGGCAAGCAAUACUGGCAAGGAGAGGAAAGGACCAGCAUCCUUACCAAAGCAGCCUGGCACCUGCUGGCAGGGAAAGGGGCCCCCGGCGGCCACAGAGGGAAUGGCCUGCACGUAGCACUGUGGCUGCAGUCCCACGCAUCCUCACCUAGCCUGCCGUGCCCCUCUUCUAACUCUGUACCACACUCCAGACCACCUCUUCUGGACCUGUGGCUCUUGGCUGUCUCCUGAGGACAAGAGCCUUCACACAACUCUCCCGAAUCUGCCAUCCCCUAUCUGCAUCCCUAUUUUGGGCAGACCGCAACCCAGGGGGCUGGGAAAAGAGGUAGGUCCACUCUGGGCCUGCCCUCUGCACCUGCCAUAUCCAGUCCACCUCUCUGCCUAGCCCCUCCCUCUCCCCACAGCCCCCUAGUCUCUUCCCACAGCAACUAGAGCCCACCUCCAUCAUCCUGCUCUCAUUGCCCAUGAAGGAGCCCAACGGCUAGCCCUGGAGGUCCUCAAAGGUCUAACCUCCUGCUGUUUCCCCUCCCUCCUCUGCUGGCCUCCCAGCCCAUCCCUCACCCCCACCCCGCCGUCGUCACACUGCGCACUGGUCUGGGCAGACAUGCCCAGGCUGUGCUCAGGGGCAGAGACCCCGCCCUUUCUCAUACCCUCCCGGUCUAACUCCUGCCCAUCUCACCAGGAUCCACAAGGCCUUCUGGGAGUCCCCAGAGGUACUUGGACACACGCAUCCCAGGGCACAAGCACAAACCAGGCCCCAGGUAAUACUGGAGGAGUCAGAGCCAGCCCAGACCAUGCUACUCACCUCGUGGUCAAGCACACUGCACAGGUGGCAGCGGGGGUGGGGGCCUUCUGGAGGCCAACUUGGGGAAGUCCUGAGGAGGAGCUCAUGAAUGUCCUCCCUCUGUCACAUCCGUGCAGUUCAGCCAAGAGGCAAGCCUGGGUGGGAGGGGCCGUGGGAAAGAGCACUCGUGUACCUCCUCGGCAACCAAAUCCAUGAGGUGGGCAUCCAAUGGCUGCCUUCACGGUGAGAAGACAGCUCGGGGGGCAGGUGGCCUGCCUGAAGUCACAAGCCUGGGGUGGGGCCUGUGACCAGCUCAACCCAGGGGCUCCACCCUCAUCACCCCAGCCCCACGAGGCUGCCAGUGGGGGAAGGUCAUUGCUGAGGGCAGGUGCUCCAGCCUCUCAGCCCCUUUUCAGCCCUGCAGCUUGCCAGGCAGCUUGUGUUUUCUGAUCUGUCACCGUGCCGUUCUCCCAGCCAGCACCCAGCUC